UUUUUUUUAUAUACCCCACAAUACGUGAGAUAGUCCGAGAAUAAAAUUUUUUUAAAUGUCCAUCCAUAAAUUAAUUUCUUGAUCACUAUGAUGAAAGAGAUUCAUUUGAUGGUGAUUGUAAUUGAAUAUUAUUUAUUUUAUCUUGUGAUCGGUUUUGUAAGGUUUGUGAUAAAGAUGAUGGUGAUUGGGUAUCUAUUUUAUCUUGGGACUCAUUUUGUGGGGAUAUUUUAUCUUGAGACCGAUUUUGUGAGAGAGACGAAGACUGAAUCUUAUAUAUUUUAUCUUGGGACCUAUUUUGUGAUUUAAUAAUGUCUAUUUUAUCCUGAGAUCGAUUUGAAGAAUUUUGUGAAUUUUGUGAAAGAGAUGAUGACUGAGAUUGAAACUUAUCUAUUUUAUCUUGAGACCCAUUUUGUGAGAGAAAUGAUGAUAGUUGUGAUUUAAUAUUGACUAUUUUAUCCUGAGAACGUUUUGAAAGAGAUGAUGAUGAUGAUUGGGAUCGAAUCUUAUUUAUUUUAU